GGAAGUGUCAUUGCUGAAAGUAUUGCAGUGUACAACUAUCCCAACAACAACUCACAAAUAAUGUUUCUAAAUAACGAUUUGGGACCCACCCUGGAAAAAAUCUUUAAUGACUCAGAUUCAUUUAAAAAUCUCAGCAUAGCUCUCGGUAAUGCUUCCAUCCAAGAUGCCCGAAUUACCAUGGGGAUAGUUGAAAUAUCAAAUAUUUCAGAUCUACAUCCAUUUGUGCAAUGCACCAUGAAUAUUGCAAACUUUACAGUAGAGAUUGAAGAUGGAGCAUGGGUAUGUGUGGGAUCAUGCAAAAAAGAUCCCAACUUCUGCAAUCAACAAGGUGAAUGCCAAAAUGAAAUAAAUGGACCACAGUGCAACUGUUACAGUUCUUACUUUGAGAAGUACUAUGGAGCUCAGUGUGAGCUUUACAGCAGAGGAGCCGGUUUCUACGCUGUUCUCUUCGGCUGUUUAGUAGCUUUUGCUCUACUUAUCAUCGUUUCAGCUGUGAUGAUUGUGGUGCUCUACAGAGCCAAGAGCAGAACAUCAAGCAAAAAAAGGCUAUCAUUAUUUGACGAUGACUUCUUUGAUUUUACAUCAAGAGGAUCCAUAGACAGAGGUUAUGGGCAUCAAAACUUUUCAGUCAGAGAAGAUUCAGAAUCUGGGUCUUUCAGAUAAAGACCACAGCAACUGAAGUGGUGGGUGACUGAUGAACAGAUGACAGAUAUUAUUUUUAAUAUUUUUAAAAGACGUCAGACACUAUAAUCUCAGGAAGCCAACAUAAUAC